CUUCGCUUGCGUCGUGAUUGUUGUCGCGUUGUGUCUGCACCACCACUUCUCCUUCUCCUGCUCCUGCUGCUCCUUUUCUUUCCGCUCGGUGCCACCAGCCAGCAACAGCCAGCCAGCAACAGUCAUCACGGGCCAGCACCUGCACCAGCACCUUGAAGCAGAAGCCCCUCUCAGCCGCAGCUCCAGAGAGCCCACUCUUUUCUGUGCAAGGCUCCAUCCUUUGCCAAUCGCAUUCCCGCACAGCCACACUGCACACGACGCACAUCAUUGUUCUUGGUUGGUUGGUGCUUGCCAAGAGCAACCUGAGUUCACAACAAGUACACCAGCCAACAAGCAGUUCUCUGAGUGUACUCCGUGACAGCGGUGCCUGAGUCUGUGUGUGCGCGCGUGAGCGGACAUACUCUUUCCCUUUCCAAAGCUUGUGUGUGUGUGUGUUUUUUUUUUUUUUUCUUUUCUCUUCUCUUCCACUCGGCCACUUCCAUUUGUUGCUCUUGGUACUGUAGCCAAGCAGAGCGUUUGCGUGCUUCACCUAACCUGCUGGAUGGGUGACAGUGUCGCAACUUCCAGUGUGCAGCUUCCUCACGGCGGCAAACACGUCAUCAAGAUUGUGCGCAGCGCCAAGCCUGGUUCAGCAUCGCUGCUUCCACUGGCUCGCCCUCUCCGCGUGAAAUCGGCUCAGGAGACAGCCUCGACGGCAUCAGCGUCAUCAACGCCAGCCACUGCCGCCACCAAAACCAACAACAGCACUAACCAGCCAGCGGCGUUUCCAGCCGGUGCCCAGCACUUUGACGAUUCCACCGCUUUUGGCCGCAACCUGCUUCCAGACCCAGACGACUCCUUUGUCAUGGGUAUGCACUAUGGGCGCGAGCACGCCAUCAACGGCCCCAAGCAAGACGACUCCGCCACAGCAGUUGGCGCUCCACCAACAGCAUCGGCCGCCACAGCCACAUCACCAGCAGCAGCAGCAGCAGCUGUCGCCAAGGCCAAGCAGGACCAUCCCCCAACAACAACAACAGCUGCUGCAGCAACCAAAGCGGUCCAGCCCUCCAAGACGCAGCCCAAGCCAACCACCAUGGCGAGAACCACCCCUGCAGUGUCAUCAUCGUCGUCGUCGGCCACAGCUGCGCUCCAGAGCAAGCUGCAAGUGAACUGGGCCACCACUGCCACCACCACCAACAGCGGCAGCGGCACCACCGCGAACACCGGCAAGCGCCCGCCGUCUCGCACGGCGUCCACCACCCAGUCGGCGGCGAUUGUGAUGGCCAUGCACAACAACAGCGGCGCGAUGGGCGACGACAGCCGCCGCAACUCUGUGUUUGCGGAGCCGUCAGGCCCGCCCAUGACGCAGGCGGAGCGCAUCCGGGCACGCGCGCGCAGCAUCCAGCAGAUGAUGAGCCAGCGCAGCACAGCACGCCGCGUCAGCUUCAGGCACGACGAGGACCCGCGGUCGUUCUUCAACGAGACAGUGAUGGACAGGCUGUAUGCGGAGCUCACAGCGCACGAUCGCCGCCAGCUCGCAGCGGUGAAGCAUGAAGAGGCGGCGCGCGCACGCGAGGACGCAGCGGCGAUGCUGAAGCGCUGGAAGCAGGACGAGGACCCCAAGCUCAAGGCCGUGUUUGAUGCCGGGGACAGGCGUGCAGAGGAGGUGUUGGUGGAAGUGUCGUCGGCGCCGUCGUCGCCCGAGGAGGACAACACACAGGACGCAGAGCAGCGCAUUGCAGAGAUGGAGCAGCAGCUGGAGACGAUGAAGGAGAGGUACAGGGCAGCGCAGCGCCAGAUGGAGCUGGCGCGCCGUGCAGAGCUCGCCGCCAGCCGCAGCAGCAGCCGCGCCAACAACAACACCACCAACAACAGCAGCAACAGCGACGACGACAGCAAGUCUGCCCUCAACGAUGCCGACGAGAACAGCAACAGCGCCCCCGACAGCUACUUUGUGCCGCUCGCCCUUCGCCGCGCACAGCGGACGCGGACGCGGGCGAGCCAGCGGGUUGACGGCGGCGACGGGAGCGAGCAGGCGUCGCGCAGUGAGAGCAGGAUGUCCACGCGCCGGUCGCGCCGGCAGGGGGGCCGUGCAUCAGCCAACGCCCGCACGCGUGACGAUGGUGGCGAGGAUGAGGAUGGCCGGGGCGCUGGUGAUGAGCGGGGGCGGCAGUCCACCAGCAGCAGCGGUAGCGGCAAGACGGGCGAUGAUGAUGAUGAUGAUGGCGGUGAUGUCAACGGUGAUGUCAACGGUGAUGGGGAUCAGCAGCAGGCGAAGGACGACGCCCCAACAGCGGCCGCAGCCGGCGGUGAGGAGGACUGCGACCCCGCAGAUGACGAUGGUGCUGGUGCUGCUGCUGCUGAUGAUGAUGAUGACGGAAACAACGAUUACGGUGGUGAUGGUGACGAUGAUGACGAUGAUGAUGAUGACGAUGGUGGUCAUGGGGAGCAGGCGCGGAAGCGCAGCAAGACGGACGGCGACGUGAAGAGCGAGCAGACUGGCUCCCCGACCGCCGGCAGCACGGUCGAUGCCGAAGAUGACGAAGACGCCAAGCAGCCGUAUGAGGAGGAAGCGGCGGACGAUGAGGCCAGCCCCUCCCCCAAACCCGCGCGUGACCGCAGCAGGGCCCGCCGGAAGGUGCGGCGCACACGCGCGUCGCCGCCGCACGAGAUUGCAGCCCUCGGCGUUGGCGAAGACAUUGACGACAUUGAGGGCGGUGACGUGACGGCGGUCUCUGCCCGCGCCCGUCGGCAGCAGGCGCGCCACUUCAACCAGCUCGCCCGCCGCCGCCAGGCCGCCACCGCCACCACCGCAGACACGUCUGCCGACGACACGGGCGCAAGCACCUCUGCCUCUGCCCAGCCGAGUCCACGCAAGUCGCGGGAGACGCGGCGCCGCAGCCGAGCCAACAGCGGGCGGGCGUCGGCGGACCACUCGCGCGCACCGCAGGGCUUCACGGCAUCGCAGCCGAAUCUGGUGCAGCGGCCCCACGCGCGCCGCGGACAGCACAACGCAGACGCUGGUGGCGCCACGCCGGGCGGCUCGCGGGCAACGACGCCGAGCAGCGGGGAGAACACGCCGCGGACGUCUCGGACAAGCGGCAGCGGCCGGGCCUCGCGCACAAAGGGGAAGGUCUACGUAUGCGAGAAGUGCGGACGGACGUUUGGGCACCCACCGGCAUACUCGCAACACGUGCGCUCGCACAGCAAAGGGCGCGCUAGCACAAGCAGCAACAACGGCGACAACGACGCCUCAAAGCGGCGAGCAAGCGACGAAAGCAGUGAGGGACCGGCGAGCAAGCGCCGCAAGGGCCGCAGGCGCUGACAGGAAAUAGCCUGCACGCAUGGCCCCAUGAGAGAGAAAAACAAAAACCCUGUCGGAUGCCACCGUGUUCGUGUUGACUUGAAUCGUUUGCUCGUUUGCCGCUUUCGCUCGCUCGCUCGUUCGCUGGCUUGCUUGCUUGCUUGCUUAUGUGCUUGGAGUGGUAAUCGUGCUUGUUUGACAGCUGGCUAUUUCGCCGCUAGUGUUGUUUAGGCAUUUGUUUGUGUACUCGAUCCGUGAAGAGUAAUGCAGUUAUGUUGUCGUUGUUGUGUGUUGCCGCGCUGUUUUGUUUGGAAUGUGUUGUUCAUGUGGUAUUGUGCUCCCGCGUUCCUGGCUUUGCUCGCUGUUGUAUUGGUUGUUAAUGGUUGAUUGAUUCACUUCUUCAUUUCCUAAUUGAAUAGCUCAUCGACGCAAGAUGUGCUGCUGUAUCAAAC